ACGAGAGCUGAAAGCGGCAACCACCCACCCGACCCCGCCUCCUCCUCCUCCCCUCCCGGGCCAGAGUCCACCCUCGCCCCCCCUCUCCUCCGCCCGCCGACACCGCCAAAUUCACCACUCCCCCCCUCGUCGUCCUCAGCCGACAGAUUCCCGGCCGCGAAGCUCGCUUCCCGCGAGAUCCCGCGGCCGCAAUGGAGGUGAGGACAGUAAAAGUUGGCAAUAUUUCAUUGAGUGCCUCAAAAAGGGAGAUCACAGAGUUCUUCUCUUUCUCUGGUGAUAUAGAAUAUGUUGAAAUGCAAAGCGAAACUGAUUGGUCACAACUUGCGUACGUCACAUUUAAGGACUCACAAGGAGCAGACACUGCUGUGCUUCUCUCAGGGGCAACGAUUGUUGAUCUUCAUGUCAUCAUAACUCCAGUUGAGAACUAUCAGUUGCCUCCUGAAGCCCGCAAACAAUUACUGGGAGAAAAUUCUCCCUCUGCUGAAUCUGCAGUCAGGAAGGCGGAGGAUGUUGUGAGCAGCAUGAUGGCCAAGGGUUUUGUGCUCAGCAAGGACGCACUCAACAUGGCAAGGUCUUUCGACGAGCGUCACAACAUCAUGUCCACUGCCACCGCCACCGUCGUGUCUCUAGACCACCAGUACGGGCUGAGCGAGAAGAUCAGCCUGGGCCGGGCGGUCGUCGGCAGCAAGGUCAAGGAGGUGGACGAGCGGUACCAGGUGUCGGAGCUCACGAGGUCUGCCCUGGCCGCCGCCGAGCAGAAGGCGAGCGUCGCGGGCUCGGCCCUCAUGGGCAACCAGUACGUCUCGGCCGGCGCCUCCUGGCUGACCAGCGCGUUCGGCAUGGUGACCAAGGCGGCGGGCGACAUGGGCUCCAUGGCCAAGGACAAGGUGGACAGGGCCGAGGAGGAGAGGAAGGCCAUCAUGUGGGAGGAGAGGAACGGGCUGGUGAGCGAGUACGCCAAGAUCCAUCUUGAUGAUCACUCCUCCUGGGAGCCCGCGGUCCUUCCCGUGGAAUCGGUGGACGAGCAGAAGCUCCAGGCCGUGUGAUGGCAUCCGAUCCGACAAACCGGAACGGUAGCCGCUUCGACCGGUGUGUGGCAUUUGUUGAUUGUUACUUCCUGUCAAUGUCCGACAUAUAUAUAGAGAGAUCCUUUUUUUCCGCCGCUGCGGCGCUGAAGCAGAAACAGGGUGCUGCCUGUCUAUCAGCGCCUGUAGUGUGUUGUAAAUUUUAGAUUGCUGCGCUUGUGUUCCUAUCAGGUUUGUUAUACUGUUAGAAAGGUUUUUCUUUUUCUUUUCUCAUUAUUGUUUUUCUCUGCUACCAUAGAAUGCAACUCUGCUCGUUGGAUGUAAUAUACUACCUGACGCUGAGAUCAAGUGUGGGAAAUUGAAGUUACUUUGCCCCU